AUGACUACCUCGGCACGACGUCAGCUCUUCCGACGUUCCAAGGCAGGAUGCUGGAACUGCCGUUCCAAGAAGAAGAAGUGCGACGAGCUCCGACCUCACUGCACACGAUGCAUUCGCGCCGGUGAGAACUGCCGCUAUCCCGACGCAAGCUCCGAAUCCCUCUCGGAAGCAAGCUCGGCAAUGGCGACCAGCGACUACACCUCGCCCUCCAUCCCAUCCUCCGCCUCGUUCCCCAACACUUUUUCUGCACACGCUGCGCACGCCGCACCCAUGCUUUCCCGCUCCUCCUCCACCUCGGGCUACUCGUCGCACGCUUCUCGACAUGCGUCUCACCAUCCAUAUCACCAUCAUCCUUAUGCGCCUCCGCAGGCUCAUCACAUGCAUUCGCCACCCCAGCACCGAGACUACCAGAUGCAAAGGCCGCAGGCGCAUCAGCGGCCUUCGCCGCCGGCACGCUCUGCUUCCCACAUCUCAUAUCAUCCCGCCCCGCAUGGAGGUGCUCCCGCCCACCUGUCGCAGCAGCAGUUCCCUCCACCGCCACUUUCGGCCAGUGCAGCUGCAGAAUGGGACCACACAUCGCAGCAGCAAGUGUACAAGCGCACACGGUACGACGAGUUGUCCUCGUCGUCUUCGUCCACGUCCUCGAACCAGCCUCACCAGGAUGCUCGCGCCGGGCGACAACCGUUUGACUCCCACCAUCGCAUUCCUUCCAAUCACAGCCAAGGAAGCAACAAGGGGAAAAGCCGGGACACUCUUCCCCCUAUCUCACCGCAUCAGCCUUAUUCGAUUCCCAUGGCCGCUUCAGCCUCCCUGCCACCCUUCAACGCCGUCUCACCGCAGCAGCCGCGGACAGCGGCCUCGCCAAUCUUCUCGGCGCGCUCCGCCAACACAUCGCCCAACAGCCAAACAAGCCCACACUUUGCCGAACGUCCCACACAGGAAAACGGUCACGCCUCUCUUGCUCGACGAGAAGCAGCCACAAAGCAUGCCGAGCACUCGACUGUGCAGCCAAAUGUUUCGGCUCUCGGCACACAUUCGGAAGCAGUUCGCAGUCCAACGACAUCGAGAUCUACAGCCGCUACAGCGACUCGCCAGAAACUUGUGCUCGACUACUCAUCGACCGAGCCCGAUCCCGAGGAGCUGCUGGCCGAACUGUCCUCCUACUCGGUCUCGACUGUGACGCAGCAAACCAAAGGCUCCACGGCCUACUUUCGCUUCCUGCAUGGCAUCGCCCGCAUGGCCCAAGGCCAGGCCAUGGCUCACGCACUCGCGGCCAUGGUCGCCACGCAGCAAGCCAAGAGAUCGUGCAAGCCACAGGAAAGCCAGGAUGGUGCCGUUGAAGGCGGCGAUGAAGAGAGCCGCGCGCCCGACCUGGACGCGUCUCAGCGAGAAAAGGCUACGAUGCUGCUGGAUCUGGCGGACCGCCAUCAUCUUGCGGCGAUCAGGGCUCUGCAAACGCAGUCGCAACCGAGCCGGCGCCGUCGUUUCUCGGUGAUCGAGUCCAACCCGAGCACGAGCAGCGACGAUCUGCCCGUGGGCAGCAACGCGGCAGCAAUGAUGCUGCUCAUCCUGGCGUGCAGCUUCGCGGGCAAGUCGCUCAUGCUGCCAUCGUACUUCAAUCAGUGCGAGCAAUUCCUCGCGGAUGCGGUCGAACACGUCUCUUCGCACCGUCUCUUUCCGUCGGUGACGGGCGAGACGGUGUCGGGCAAUGCCGAAGACCCGCCCAUCGAGGCGCCCGAGAGCGUGAGCGCCUACGGCACGCUGCUCUUCCUCGGUACGGUGGUGGGCCUUUACGAGUGCUACCUGGCCAUGUACACGGCGGUUACCGACUGGGACUACAACCCGGCAAGGCUCCGCCGUCUGCUGCCGUUCAACUGGACCGAGACGGACUCGGCAAUCUUUGACCAGGCACGAGGAGUUACGUCCGAGACGGUGUACAGCGUGUCGAUGGUCACGUGGGAGCUCAUCAUUGAGACGCUCGAUACGAUGCGCAAGCUGCGGAGAGCCGAAACGGUCGCAUACGGUGGCAAGAAGAGCAGCAGGAGCGAGGCCGACGACGGCGGUGCAGCGCUCGACAGUCUGGCGCUGCGCGAGGAACUCGGACUGCUCAUUCGCGAUCUCGAGGCGGGCGCAUUCUGGAAGGGAUCGCAUCGCAUCCUCAGCGAAGCGGAGCAGCUGCAGGUGCUCGACUCGCUCAAGGCUGCCGACGCUGGUGCGGGUGGCAAGCAAAGCGAGAACAGCGAUGCCAGCGCGCAGAUGCCGCCCCCGUCGGUACCGGCAGAGGACGCAGGGUCUGCAUCGGCAACUCAGGCGUUCAAGUCCGGAGCGCUAUUCCUCGCGCCCACGGUCGGCGGGUCGAAGCAGGUGAACCGGCUGCGUCUUGCCAACCACCUCUACCGCAACGCACUGCUGGUUGAUCUGUACGUGACGGUGUUCAACCGCGCACCUUCGAGCCUUGCGGUGCGCGAGCUCGUCUCGCGCAGCGCGGCGCUCUUCAACGCGAUUCCGGACAAGCUCGAACAGGGACUCAUGUGGCCCGCGAUGGUGCUUGGCUCGUAUGCGGAGGGCGCAUCGGAACGCUCCCAGAUCCGCGCCUUCCUGGCGCGUGCCCAGUGGAAGGGCAUUGCCGGUCCAGCGACCACCGCCGACGUCGUCGAGCGCGUCUGGGCUGAAGACGCAUCCAACUGGCGCGAAAGCGUCUCGUACUUCGGCAGCCCCUACAUCUCCUAG